AUGGCUUCGUUCUUCAACAAGUUCACUGCUAAGGACUCCCCGGAGGCAGAUGAGACUGCAGAGAAACAUGAAUCGUCCGAUACAGAUACAGGUUCUCAAUCGAACUUAUCAAAGAGCCAUUCAAAGCCAUCCAGUGAGAAAGAGAGCACGUUAGUAAAUGAACCACGACACGAUUCUCCAAACCCAAUCGACACGAAUAAAGAGACAGCACCAGAUCACUUGCCCGAAGCAGUUCCUACCGAAGACUCUAAUAAAGAGCCUACAAGCUCAAGGAGCGAGUCGGCAAAGGAAGCUUCGACUCCCGAACACAAGAACGAGAAUGACAAUGACAAUGAAAAUCAGAAUGGGACACCGGUAGAUGAUGGGGAAUAUCCAUCUGCGUGGAGACUGGCGUUGAUCACAAUCGCCUUAUGUCUCUGCGUGUUCUGCGUGGCCCUUGAUAAUACAAUUAUCGCUACAGCCAUUCCCAAGAUCACAGAUCAAUUCAACUCCCUCGCAGAUGUGGGCUGGUAUGGAAGCUCCUACCUAUUGACAACCUGCUCUGUGACAUUGAUGUUUGGGAGAUUCUACACGUUUUACUCCAUCAAAUGGAUUUAUCUGCUGGCUCUCUCCAUCUUCGAGCUGGGAUCUCUUGUCUGCGCCGUGACUCCUAACUCGGUUGGUCUCAUCUGUGGCCGUGCAAUUGCCGGCCUCGGAGCCGCGGGCUUGUUUUCGGGCUCCAUCUUGAUCAUCGCCCAGAGUGUGCCAUUGGACAAGCGCCCAGUCUACACGGGCCUUAUCGGCGCUAUGUUUGGAAUUGCAAAUGUCACUGGUCCUCUAAUGGGCGGUGCGUUCACAGACAAGCUGACCUGGCGUUGGUGCUUCUACAUCAACCUACCUAUCGGCGCUGUCACCUUCGUUUUCAUCCUGUUCUUCUUCCAGGCCGGCAAGGCAAUCAAGCAAACGAACGGCUGGAAGGAACAGAUCGCGGAGUUGGAUCUCCUCGGCUCGCUGUUCUUCCUCCCCGCCAUCAUCAGCUUGCUUUUGGCUCUGCAAUGGGGCGGCACCAAGUACGACUGGGGCAAUGGCCGAAUUAUCGGCCUCUUCGUCGCCUUCGGCGUUCUGAUAAUCAUCUUCAUCGGCAUUCAAUGGUGGGGCCAGGACCGUGCCACUGUGCCACCUCGUCUUAUUAAGAAUCGCAAUGUCUGGGGUGCCGCUUGGUAUGCACUGGCGAUCGGUGCCGCGUAUUUCAUUCUCGUCUACUACCUCCCCAUCUGGUUCCAAGCCAUCAAGGGUGCCUCGCCCAUGAAGUCUGGAAUCAUGAAUUUGCCCAUGAUCAUCGCCGUCGUGGUCAUCUCAAUUCUCUCAGGCGGUCUCGUCACUGCCUGCGGAUACUACACACCCUUCAUGAUUUUCUCCUCGAUCAUCAUGACCAUCGGGGCCGGGCUCCUGUCCACCCUGGAGACUGAUUCCGGCCACGCGAAGUGGAUUGGCUAUCAAGCGCUCUUUGGUAUCGGCCUGGGUCUGGGCAUGCAGCAGCCGAUGAUAGUCGCGCAGACAGCGCUGAAAGCCGAAGACGUCCCCAGCGGAACUGCUAUCGUCAUGUUCUCCCAGACCCUUGGCGGCUCUAUUUUCGUCUCGGUUGCGCAGAACGUGUUCCAGAACCAGCUGGUCCAUAACAUUGCCCGGAAUGUACCUGGGGCUGAUGCCGGUAAGCUUGCUUCCGCCGGUGCGACCGCGCUUCGUAACAUUGUUCCGAGUCCGAUGCUGCACCGUGUUCUUGUUGCGUAUAACGAUGCCAUUAUGCAGACUUUCUAUGUGUCUGUGGCUAUGGGUGCGCUGUCCUUGAUCGGGCCGAUCUUUGUGGAGUGGAUCUCCGUCAAGGGCAAGAAGAUUGAAACAGCUGCCGUGUAA